GUUAAGUAAAGAAUCUGUCUCUUGCUUUGAAUGCUAUAUCUCCCUUUCAUUGUCUAUUGUUAAUGCUAACCCAAAAAAACGAAAUCAAGAUCCGUGAUGUUUCAUCAUGAGUUCCUCGCCUCUGCUUUUUUUUUUGCUUUUCUUGAUAUGAAUUUAUUAGACUCUUGUUAAAUUCAAGAUCACUUGGUUCAAAAGUUCAUAUAAAGUUACAGAGAUUUUGGAUUGAAAAUGGUUACGAACGUGUUUAGCCGAAUUGAUUUGUCGAGUUUCAUUACAGGAUCAAGUGAACAUACUUGGCAACCAACAAUGUCUGCAGAGACGAACAUCCCAAGUUACUGGCUUAACUGGAGAUUCUUUGUGUGUGCUAUCUUUAUCUUAACGUCUCUGUUUCUAUCUUCGUUUCUGGUUUGGAGAUACGAAGGAGAAGGACCAAGAAAACGCAAGAAACACGGCGAUAAUGAUCAAAGCCGGGAACUCGAGCAACUCACAGGAGUUGUAUAUGAUGAUGAAACUUGGAACACUUGUCUCAAAGACAUUCAUCCGAACUGGUUGCUUGGUUUUCGUGUUUUUGGUUUUUUUGUUCUCCUUGGACUCAUCUCUGGUAAUGCUAUUGCUGAUGGAACCGGCAUUUUCAUCUUCUACACUCAAUGGACUUUCACAUUGGUUACAGUUUACUUUGGGCUUGGAGCAUUGGUGUCUAUAUACAGAUUUAAGUCUGUUGAUAAUGGUGAAAGCGGAGUCAGUAUAGUAGAUGAAGAAGAGCGAGGGUCGUAUAGGCCUCCCCUGAAUGGUGAAAACUCGAAUGUGUUUAAAUCUUCAAAUGGACAUGAUAGAGACAACAGGUCUAGACGUCAGAUUGCAACUACACUGGGUUACAUUCAUCAGAUUCUUUUUCAAACUUGUGCAGGAGCUGUAUUGCUUACAGAUGGUGUGUUUUGGUUCAUUAUCUACCCUUUUCUCACAGCUAAAGAUUUCAGUCUCGACUUUUUCAUUGUGAUUAUGCACUCAGUCAAUGCUAUUUUCCUCCUCGGUGAAACUUUCCUGAACUCUCUGCGGUUCCCGUUGUUCAGAAUUGCAUACUUUGUGGUAUGGACCUGUAUAUUUGUGCUAUUCCAAUGGAUUGUCCAUGCUUGUGUCUCAUUCUGGUGGCCUUACCCAUUCUUGGAUUUGUCAUCACCCUAUGCCCCUUUAUGGUAUGCGGCUGUUGGGUUGAUGCACAUACCAUGCUUUGGAAUCUUUGCUUUGAUCGUGAAGUUGAAGUACAUGUGGCUUUCAAGAUGUUACUCAGAAGGACCAUAAUAACAGAUAUAUCAUAUAUACUCCAAUCUUUUAAUAGAGUCUCUCUAGCUCAUUAGUCCUUGAGUAGAGAGUUUAAAGAAGAAGUUAACAAACUCUCAUAGUCUCUCUUGUCUCUGUAUCAUUUUUUUUUUUUUUUGUAAAGUACAUUAUAAAUUCCUUUUGAAGGAACAUAUAAUCACUUAGCUAGCUAUUCACCAUUUUUGUCUUCGAUUAGAACUUCUAGGGAUCUUCGAGAAAAAAAUGUUCAUUUGUGUUUA